ACCGUAGCAGGAGGACGGCCAUUCAGCAGCACAUCACGGACAACAAGUGAAAGAGAAAGUAAAUUUAAAUCGGGGAAGUAGCUCCAUUACACUGCAAAUCAUUCAGCAGCAGAACGGACAUGUUUCUCCCUUUAAGCUGAAAUUAGACCGAAUACAUUUUCAGUGCGACAUAAAAGAAAACAUAAAACUUCCUGAAGUUCACCUGAGGUCACCUGAGGAGACUGAAUAUGUCGCGCGGGUCAAACGCAGGUUUCGACCGACACAUCACCAUCUUCUCACCGGAGGGCCGACUCUACCAAGUCGAGUAUGCCUUCAAAGCCGUCUCCCAAAGUGGCUUGACCUCUGUAGGGAUCCGGGGGACAGACAGCUCUGUGGUGGUCACACAAAAGAAAAUACCUGACAAGCUGCUGGACCCCGUUACUGUGACCAACAUGUUCAAACUCACCCCACGCAUCGGCUGUGUGAUGACUGGACAUAAUGGGGACAGUCGUUCUCAGGUUCAUCGGGCACGAGUGGAAGCAGGAGAAUGGAAAUAUAAGUAUGGUUAUGACAUCAUGGCGGAUGUGUUGUGUCGCAGGUUGGCAGAUAUCUCCCAGGUGUACACACAAAAUGCUGAGAUGAGGCCUCUGGGCUGCUGUAUGUUGCUGGUGGCUGUGGACCCCCAGCAGGGUCCUGUCCUGUUUAAAUGUGACCCUGCAGGAUACUACUGUGGCUUCAGAGCCACGGCCGUUGGGGCCAAACAAACGGAGGCGAACAGCUACCUGGAGAAGAAAAUGAAGAAGAAGCCCGAGCUGACCCAUGAUAGGGCUGUACAGUUGGCUAUCACAUGUCUGUCCUCCGUCCUGUCCCUGGACUUUAAGUCCAGUGACCUGGAGAUCGGCGUGGUCACCAAGGAACAACCAAAGUUCAGGACGCUUUCAGAGGAAGAGAUAGAGGUUCACCUGGUUGCCAUAGCAGAACGGGAGUAAAGGUGCCCUCACAAAGUUCAGGCCGUGAUUUAGAGUAUCAUAGUAUUUUAAUACCAGUGUGUCUCAAAUUAACACCGCUGUAAGUAACUAAAACAUAAACAUUUUAUAUGUAUGUCCAUGUACAGACUAAGAAACUCUGUGUGAAAGACUCAAGAAUUUGAGAUUACAAGAGAUGUUCAGUGGACUUCCAAAAACGUCAGCUUAAAUGAGUGACCCAAUGUUUGAAUUCUGGUUUUGCAUCUUCACUUCUAAGGUCUUGGGAACUAGGGAGUCAAAAUGACUCUUGAUGUUAUUUUUUUGGAUGGAUGUAACAUAUUUUCCAUAUUUUUUAUAAUACCAGCCUGGUCGUCAUCUUUACACUUGCAGAGUUUCAUUUCAACAAGUCCAUUAUAGUCACUGUAAACCUAUUUGAAACAACUGUCAUAAUAAAAUCAAUCAGCAAAGGAAACAAAAA